UUGAUAGUGCAAGAAGCGACGGAAAAAUCUGUACCCCUCAAGUCUGUGAUGGAACGUGUGAAGCUCAUUGUCACUUAUUUCAAGCGAAGCACUAAAGCCACUCAAAAACUUGAUGAGUUUCAAAAGCAAAAUGGAGCAACACAGCCAAAACGACUGCUUCAAGAAGUCCUGACGAGGUGGAAUUCCAAAUUCUCCAUGCUCGAAGGGAUCGUAGAAAUUCAAGAUGCCGUCAAGUCAUCCAUUGCCAUUUUGGGUGUUCUAAGCUUACCAAAUUUAAUGCCGGAAGACUGGUUACUUUGCAACGAAACUUGUAAAGUCCUGAAAUGUUUUGAAGAAGCAUCAAAUUAUGUGAGUGGUGAAAAGUAUUUGACGGCCAGUCAACUAUUAAUAAUCAUAAAAGGUACAAAGAAAGUUCUCAGCGAUAUUUUAAGCUCUGAUUCUUCCGGUUAUCACUAUCUGCCAAUAAAUGAUUUUGUUCGAGCUUUGUUAGAUAUAACUCAUAGUCGUUUCGAAAAUAUAGAAAAUAGUAACACGAUUAGGGUAGCUACUUUUUUGGAUCCCCGCUUUAAGUUACAGACCUUUACAUCUCAAAGCAAGCAACUUGAGGGAGAACAUGAUAAACUUAGAAAUAGAUCGAGAAGGACCAUGUGA